AUGUUACAGAUGGUAGACAUAACUAUAAUUAAAGUUAAUUUACAAAAUUCCGCAGCUCCGUAUGAAAGAGAAACAUGGGUUAAUAACAUAGAACAGCGUUUUGAAGCCUAUAAUAAUCUUGAAUCUUUAGAUAAACAAAAAUUUCAAACCCAUCCGAUUCCUUCAGAGAAACGUAACCACCGUCAAUUACCAAAAAUUAUAACUGAUCCAACAAAACUUGCCAUUAUUAGCGAUUAUAACAGAAUAAAUCAUUAUGUUUCUAACAAAAAUAAUAACUAUGAUAACAAUUAUUCAUUAUUUAAUCGUGAUAACAUUGAAAUCGAAAAGUUGAUGGAAAUCAAAAAAUCUAUCGUUAAACAAGAAGUAACGCCCAUGCAAGUUCCUCCAGGAAUUUGUCCAAAUUGUAAUGGUCCUAUCGAUGAAAAAUAUUAUGAACAAAACUCUAAAUCCUUAACAUGGCAAAAGCGUUUAGACAUUCUACAUAGCAUCACGGCGGGUCUCACACGCAUUCACAUAAACAAUCUUGUUCACCAAAAUUUACAUAGUGGUAAUGUACUCAUACAUUCAUCCACGGUACUUCUAAGUGAUCUAGGUUUUUAUAAACUACAAAAUGAUGUUGAAGAAGGAUUAUACUGUGUUUUACCUUUCACUGCUCCUGAAACCUUACGAAAUAAGGUAUUUACCAAGGAAUCCAACAUUUAUAGUUUUGGGAUGAUAAUGUGGGAAUUGGCGUAUUGCAAAAAACCUUUUUCAGACCGUGCACAUAAUUUGGAUCUUGCCAUUGAUAUUUGUGAAGGUUUUCAUCCGGCAUCCAGAUAUAGAAUUCCAGAAUGUUACUUUGAUAUCAUGAAUCAAUGUUUAAGCCUUGAUCCUUUCAUGAGACCUACUGCUGAACAACUUUACAAAACAUUUGGUAAAUGGUUGUGUAUGCUAUUAAGUGCUCCUAACUCUUAUAUUGCUGAACAGUUUCAAGGAACAGAAGAAGGUCCACCACUUUUUAAUAAUAAGUUUGAAGUUCACCCGGAGGCUAUGUACAAUAGUAGAUAUUACAAUUUUAAAGAACUUGAAUCGUUACUUUAG